AUGAUGGUGUUGAGGAUUUUGAAAGGGAUUCUGCUGGCCUUGCCACGCUCCCUUGACACUCCCUUGCACCUUCCUCCUACCACAAUCUCUUCCCUUAACAAUCACUCCCUUAACCUCCCUCACGCAAUCCCUCUGUCCGUCCCACACCACCAGCUAAACGGCAAGGAGUGCCGCAACGAGAUAGAGCUGCUGCCGGUAGUGGUGAACAGCAAGGAGUGCCGUAACAAGAUAGAGCUGCAGUGCGGCACCGCAACCUUGUGCUUCUCAGGGCCAUCUUUGUACCUUGCCGCACUCCUUUUAACCUCGAUAUACCGCACCACACUCCCUUUGAACCUCUAUACACCGCUCUACACCUUCCUACACUCCCAGGUGAACGGCAAGGAGUUCCGCAACGAGAUAGAGCUGCUGUCGGCAGUGCGGCACCGCAACCUGGGGUGGAGAGUGGUGCUGAGAGGUGAGUGUUUUUGGUGUUUAUGCAACCUGGUGCUGAUGAGAGGAUUCUGUAUGGAGGCAGGGGAGCAGCUGCUGGUGUAUGAGUUUAUUGAGAAGGCCAAUCUUGAAGACAUUCUUAGAGGCAAGUCAGACAUGCACCUGACAGGGCAGCAGCGGUUGGACAUUGCUUGUGGGGCAGCCAGGGGGUUCGCUGAGCUGCACCAUCAGAUCAAGCCACCCAUCAUUCACAGAGACGUGAAGACGGCCAAUAUCCUGAUCACAGCAGCGAGGGAGGCCAAGGUGGCUGAUUUUGGGAUCUCCAAAGCGAUGAUGGAGGGGGAGCAGCUGGACAUGCAGGUCAAGGGCACCAUGGGCUACCCAGACCCUGAAUGCUACAUGUCUGACUUGCUCACUGAGAGGAGCGACGUGACUUUUGAGUCGACUCAAAAGUCACCCUGA